CUGCCCUCUGCCUUCGCGGUACUAAAUUGCUCGAUUCGCAAACAAAGUGCACUGCGCCCCCUUUUGGCACGGCGUACAGCGACGGCGCUGUGCUGUCGCUCUGCCAACGGCGCAAGUCCGGCGACGAACGGCUCAUAAUUCGAGCAAUACCGACCGGCACGCUCUGAGAUCCAGCUGCGGGGCACGCGGCCCUCACGCCGCCGCAGCACCCUGGGCCGCGCGAGCCGCGCGGGACAGUACCAAAGGCCACGGCCCCGAGUUUCGGGGCGCUGCGAGCAGCCUUGGAGGGCGCCGCCGCGUUGCCGUCAAUCGCGACGCGAAGAAGCAAAAAUAGCUGCGCUUACGCUGCCGCGUUGACGUGCGUAGAAGCGAAGCAAGACAAGCGAUCAUGGCCCUCGCCCGCCUGAAAGGCAAGAUCCCCAAGGAGAUCCCCUUCGAGCUCAAGCGCUGCGAGAGUUGUAGAAGAGCGAAGCAGGGCGCGAUCGUCUGUCGAGUGGUAAGAGCCCACGACGGCAUCACGGAACCGGACGGCGGCGACUGGGCGCCGCCCGCGGGUUUUAGGGAAUGGCUCGCCGCGUGGAAAGAAGGUGAUGGCAAAUCCACUGUAAGGACGCCCACGAAAAAACCGAAGCGCCCGCGGCCCCCGCCGAAGCCGAAAGACGAGCCAGAACCGGAGCGCCGCUCGAACGCCACGGCGCGCCAAGAGGCCGCUCGAGCGAAAGCUGCCGCAUAUGAAAAAAUAAGAGCGGACGAGAUCGCGCGGACGACCAAAGCCAAGCCGCCGCCCCCGAAGAAGCCCAAGAAGGAGCCCAAGGCGCCGCCGCCUCCACCCAGUCCACCGCCUGCACCGAUCGGCGCGACGGCGCGCCAGCAGGCCGCCGCCGCGAAGGCCGCGGCGUACGCGAAAAUCCGCGCCGACGAGAUUGCAAGGGGAGAGGCGAAGCGCAAGGCCUCGCCGCGCGCCGGCGUCGCGCCGAAGCGCAAGGCGCCCUCGCCGCGGUCGGCGAGCCCGCGCGCGCCCGAGGUUGAGGAGGCGCCGCCGCAACAACCGCCGCAACCGGCGCGCCGCGCCCCCCCGCGCCGCGCCAAAGAGCCGCCGCCGCCCGUCAAGGCCGAGGAGCCCGCGCCGAAGCGGCGGCCGCCUAGAAGGCCGCCCGCGCGGCGCGACGCCGCGCCGCGCGCGCCGCGGUCGCCGCCUCCCCCAAAACCCGUCGUGCGACGGAGACGCCUCUGGUCGAGCGCGGAGUCGGAUGACGACGAUCCGUUAUUGCCGCGGCGGACGCCGGAGAUGCGGCGGAAGGAUCGGAGGGUCGCCGCGGGCUCUGCUUGGGUGAGAGGGGACCUCGACCCUGCUGCCGUCGACGACUUCAUCGCGAAGGCUAGAGAAUUAGGUAUCGGCGAGGAGAAGGCCCUCGAGGAGUUAAAUGAUCACAACAACGACGUCGAAACAACUUUGGCAAGCUUCGGGACGCCACCUCCCGACCAGACGCUGAGCUCGGCCGUCGACGCGUUUCUCGCGGCGGCGGCGUUGUUGGGCGGCGAGGCUCCAGCACCGCCGCCCAAGAAGAAGCCGAAGAAGCCUACGAGCAUAGACAACGCGAGACGGCGAGACUGGUGCGACCAUGACUUGCAUCGGUUCGCCGAGGCGUUGCUGGAUACGGACCGGGACUGCGCCCAGGCUCUCAAGAAAUUACAAAAAGCUCCGAGGGGUGGCCAUCGCACGGAGAGCGCGGCUUCGUUCGCGCGAUGUACCGUAGGCGAUGCCCUAGAUCUAUAUUACGGCCGGUUCAAGGGUUCUCCCCAGUACGCCGCGUGGAAAGUGCGACUGAACGAUCAACGAGAGGCCUGGAAGAAGCGCGAGGAGACCAUAGGAAGAUUACCCGGCGCGCGCGGUUUUAGGUUACAAGCGAAACCUGUUGAUAUAGAAAAACCGCGCCCGGAAUGGAACCCCGCGGGCCUGGCCGACGUUGAUACAAUAGUGGAGACGGAGGCAAGACGACUCGUUUCUCAAACGUCGAAGCAUGGGACACGUCUACAGGAUGAGACGAGGAAGGCUGAGAGAAUUGACAGGAAGGCGGCGCACGACGCCGCUUUGGCUGCUCGGGAAGCUCUAGGGGCCCAGGAGCCGCCUCCACGAUCUUAUACGCCGCCUAUUUCUCCUUUUGUCGGGCCCUUCGACGCUGCGACGGAGGAGGCUCGACGAUUGAUCGCGUAUUCUCGAUAUGACCCCGCCGCGCCUCUCGAGUUUGCGUGUCCCUGCGGUUGCGGGGAUAGGGUCGACAAUCGGGGCCGGGCGACGUCUCACCGCCGGAAGUGGGCGACACGAAGUUGUCGGGAACGAGCCUCGCGAGAUCCUCGACUGCGCGACGUCUUCGAACAGCUGCCUCCGAAUAGUGCGGACUUCAACGCGCCGCCGCCAUCUGUACUGGGGAACUACGAGCCCCGGGAAGAUGAUUUAUGUGUCUGCUUGUGCGGCUGCGGGAAAUCGAUUGACAAUCGCGGGCGGUCCGCGUCGCAUAGAAGGAAGUGGGCGUCGGCGGCGUGUCGGCAAAGAGCGCAUGCUGAAAGGGCGCGGGAUGCUCGUCUAGGACGUAGGAUGUCCGUCUGCGCGCCAGACGACGUGAUUAAUGCCAGUCGUAAGGGCUCGGUCGACCACCAGCGGCAACCUCGCAGAGUUUUAAUACAUACGGGCGUCAUGGUCGCUCGGUCAUUCGAUGGGCGCGUGCUAGCCGGCGACGUUAUUGGUAGAGCGGCGCCUCGGAGAGAUUCCGUCAGUGGGGCGUUGGUGCGAGCGUGGCGCGUCAAGUUCACGGACCCUGAGGGGGAGGAUCGAACAUUAGAACUGAGCGCGUCGGAAAUCGCCGAUCUUGUAUUGAAAGGCGCCGCGCCGGAGGCGGACCAACGGCUCGCGGAAGAGCUCGAGGCCGCCGAGGCCGCCGACGCGUCGCAGCCGGCGCAUCGCCGGUUCCGGGGCGUGACGCGGAAGUGGUACGGCGAUGCUGCCAGAUACAACGCUGCUUUCUCUUUGCUAGGCGAUCGGUUUUCAUUAGGAGGCUACGACUCACCGGUCCAGGCCGCGCGCGCCUGGGACCAGGUCGCCUGGCGCGCCGGUAGAGGUGAUGACCUGAACGUCGUCAAGUUCCACGGUCCUCCCCCACAACCGUCGCACGACCAGCAGCGGUUACUGGCGCAGCGAUUGCGGGACAAUGUGCGGGUCCGGAACGCGCCCGUCGACGCCGACGCCGUCGCGGCGUCGGUCGUGCCGUCGUCUCCUUUACCGAAGCGGCCCCUCGACGAUGGUGACACGCCCUCGAAGAAGAAGGCGCGGCCCUCACUAAAUGAGGAGACGCCGUCGCGGCUGGACUCGAAGGAUGAUAUUUUUUCGUCGGACGACGAGUCGUUAAAGCCGCCGCCGGCCGACGACUUCCUGCAAAAGUCGCCGGCGCGGCUGGAGCUCGAGGACUCUUCUGAUGAUGAGCCUGUCGGGGAUUUGCAGCCGCCGACGCCGGCCGCGCGGCACGAUGAUGUACCAUUGGUGCCGCACCCGGACCCCGUGAAUAGGGUGGUGACGGAGUCGCCGGCGUCGUCUACGCGCGAGUCUCCUCCGGAGCCGGUCGUGUUCGCGCCUGAUGCGACGACCCCAGCGGUGUCGCCGCCGCCCGUCGAGGCGCCGAAGCCUCCUCCGCAGCUGCUCCCCGACGAACCUAUGCCCUGUCUAAACUAGAUUUAUCCUA